AUGACCACACUACACGACCUAGCUCCAGACUCCAAGAGGCAGACCAACGACCGCAAACUCCAACAAAGAACACAUCGUUCUGCUGCCAUUAUGAAACUAUUUUUUCGACCAAAACAAAAGUUCAUACCCAAUUCUUCUACUUCUAGUUGUGCAUCUAAUCCCGCCAUUGAUUCUAGGGAUACGCCCCCUAUCGAGUCAUAUGAUCCUAAUGUCAGAGAUGAUGUUAGGAUGUCAUACUUGGAGAAGGGUCCUUGUCAACCAUAUGGACAUAAUUUUUCAAGAAGACCGAUGGAGAAUGAUAAUAGAUCUCGUUGUAAGGAAAUUGAAGAUGCAUUAUUUAAUAAUGCUACUGAAAAUGACCAAAUGACUUCACCAACCAUCCAAAAGGAUUUGGUUAAUUGUUGUGUCGUAGAGACAACAAGGGCUAUUAUCAAUGAGAUAGGUAAUUCUUUGCUUUCGGUUUUGGUGGAUGAGGCUCGUGAUAAUUUUACGAAGAAAAAAAUGGCAGUUGUUUUGAGGUUUGUUGACAAAAGUGGCCAAGAUGCUAUUGAUAUAAUGUUUUCUACACAUGAGUUGAGCAUAUCUAGCCUGAGAGGUCAAGGCUAUGAUGGAGCAAGUAAUAUGUCAGAUGAAUUUAAUGGAUUGAAAGCUUUAAUUCUAAGAGAGAACCCACAUGCUAUAAAUUGUAUGCUUGGAGAUUUUUUUAACGUACUUGCUAUUAUUGUGAAUUUGGUUGGUGCAUCAUGUAAGCGUGUAGAUGCUUUUCGAAUAAGUUAUCAUUCUAAUAUUUUGGAGAAACUUAAUAUUGAGGAACUUACUGGUGAAAGUGGUCAGUUUCAAGAGGCACGCCCAGGUGAUACUAGAGAUGAUUUUUCACAAGCCUUACAGAAAAAGAAUCAGGAUAUUCAGAAUGCUAUAGGAUUAUUGAAUUUGUCUUUUGAUAAGAAUAAAUUGCUACGUCUUGCUCAGUUUUAUCAUUUGGACUUCAAUAGAGAAGAGUUUUUAUUACUUCGACCUCAUCUUGAUAAGUUUUUUAUGCUUGUGAGAAUGGACGAAACUUUCUUUAAUCUUAAUAGCAUAUCUUGUGCUGCUCAUCUUGGUUUUGAUUUAACUGUGGCAACUGCAAGUGUUGAAAGAGUAUUUUCUGAUAUGAAUCUAAUCAAGAGUAAUUUGUGCAACAAAAUGGGAGAUGACUGGUUGAAUGACAAUUUGGUGGUUUACGUGGAGAAAUGCAAAUCACUGAAUGAGCUAUCUUUGCAUUCAACGAAAAAGAAUCAAGAACCCAAGUACGAGUAA